GCUGGAUUGGAAGUGGAGUAGCCAGGUCUCAAUAUGGGAUGCUGGUGCUUCAGAUGGAAGUUUACUCGCUACAGCACCAGCUCUUAAGCACAAAAUUUUAAUUCCUGGUUAAAGUGAGAAAAUAUAAUUCAGAUAAGAACCAACGCUGAAAACUGUCUCCAGUGAUGGAAAGACUUUUUUUUUUUCCUUUUAUCUCUACUGACUUCUCUGACUGCAAUUAAAGUUAGCAUCUCCUAGGUUUGGAAGCAAUGGCUUCUGGAAAGUUGGAAAUAGGGAUUGUCUUCUUUGUUCAAACUGCAGUUGGGAUCUUGGGGAAUCUCUUCCUUCUUUGUUUUUAUAAUUUCACCUUGCUCACUGGUCACAAGUUGAGACCCACAGACCUGAUUCUCAACCAGCUGACCUUAGCCAAUUCUUUGGUCCUUUUCUCCAAAGGAAUACCUCAAACAAUGGCAGCUUUUGGAUUGAAAUAUUUCCUGGAUGACACUGGAUGUAAACUUGUGUUUUAUAGUCACAGGCUAGCCACGGGGGUUUCCUUCAGCACUAUCUGCCUCCUCAAUGGAUUCCAGGCCAUUAAGAUUGACUCCAGUGUAUGCAAGUGGAUGGCAUUCAGAUUCAGAUCCCUGAAGUUCAUUGGCUUCUGCUGUUUCCUCUGCUGGAUCCCACAUCUCCUGCUAAGCACAUGUAUUCUUGUAAUAGUGAAUGGUCCACUGGAUAGCAGAAGCCGCCGGGAGGGAAAUAGCUCUGCAUACUGUUCCUGGACAAUGCCGGAGAACAGCUCAGUGUACACAGUCAUAUAUUUUUCCCCUGAUUUUAUGAGUUUGGCCUUCAUGCUCUGGGCUAGUGGUACUGUGGUCUUUGUCUUACACAGACACAAGAAGCAGGUCCAGCACAUCCAUAGCCACAGACACUCUUCUAGACCCUCCCCCGAGGCCAGGGCCACGUGGACCGUCAUGAUCCUGGUGAGCUCGUUUUUCUCUUUUUACUCAGUCUACACCAUCAUGACCGUUUGGAUGACUUUAGUGGCAAACCCUGGCCAGUGGAUGGUGAACAGCUCUGUGCUUGUGUCAUCAUGUUUUGUGGCAUUCGCUCCUUUUGUGCUCAUCAUCAGUGAUACCCGUGUACAUCAGUUCUGCUCUGCCUGCUUGCCAAGGAGAACAAGUUUUCCUAAUCUGGUUGCUGUGUCAUGAGUCUAUUCUCUGGAAUUCAGUUACUGAUUUCAACAAUUGCUAAUAUUCAGGGACUCUUAAGUGCUAGUGAUUUAUAAUGUCAAAGCAAGCAUGGGUAGUACUGUCCCUGUCCACAGGGAUCUUACAAACAGGCCUGAAAAUCAACACUGUGUGUACU